UGGUACAGUCCGGAACUCGAAAUAUUUUGCGGGAAGUCGCUUCGGUGUGUUUACAAAACAUAGCUGCUAGUUUAGCUACGUCUGUUUCCAAUGAGUGCCAAAAAGCGUAGGGGGGCCAAAGUGCUCCAAGCGCCACCGGGGGAGAGACAGAAACCUAAUAAUGAAAUGGAAAACCCCAACCUGUCCACCAUAGACAACGCCAGCUUCCUGGAGGGACUGCAGAGGAAUAAUGGUAACCCUCUGCACAGCACAGCCAUAGACGAAGAUCUGAAUCUUUUAGAUGACAAAAUGAUGGAGAGAGGAAGAGCAGGAGCUGUUGUCAAGAGGAAGGGGACGAAGGGGGCUGGAGACAACGAGGAAGAAGAGGAAAAGAAAAAGAGAAAGAGAAGUACUGGAGAUAAGGUCAAAAGCAGGCCUGAAGAGGAAAGAGUAGAGUUAGAUGUGGAGAAGAAGAAGAAGAAGAAGAAGAAGAAGAAAACAGCUCCUGCUCCAGAAAUCAAGAGAGGUUUAGUUGGGAAGAAGCCUGCAAUGAGAAAGAGUGAAGGAAGGCCAGAGGAGAAUCAGCCGCCGAAGAAGGACAAGAAGACCAGAUCAGACAGUGGCACUGAGUCACAGAGGCCCAGGAGAGACCUGUCCUCCGAUGAGGAGGGUGACGAAGAGUCCGAAUGGAAGCCGAGUCCGAAGAAAGCCAGGAUGGCCGGUCUGGGCACAACCGGGAAGUCUUCACUCAAAAAACCAAAACAUAAGAAAUCUUCAUCAUCAGGCAGCACAUCUGCGGAAGACAAAACAGACAAACAGAGGAGGAAGAAGCAAAGUCGUAAGACGCAAACCGAGUUAGAGGUGGUGCUGGACGCCUUCCUCGACUUCUGUGACCAGUACAGGGAGACGGUGAAGUCGGAAGCAGUCAAACAGUCCAUCGAUUCUUUCUCCGACAACGUCAGAGACCAGCUUUCUGAAAAGAUCUCUUCCUGUAAGGAGUUCAGGGUUCUGCAGAGAGAAAACACCAAGGUGGGUUCGUUGAUCCGUAAAAAGACACAGAGAAUGCUGAAUGUCAAACACGAGCUGAUGAGGGCAGAGAGGCAGGUGGGGCUGCUGAAGAAGGAAAAGACUCAGCUAGAAGUCAGAUUAGCUGAUCUGAGACGAGGCCACGAGUUCCUCCAGGACGUCAAAGAGCUAAACAGACGAUACCUGGACUACCGACGCAAACACCCCAAGGAGAAGGAGACGUACGGGGCGUCCAGUUUACCGGCUCUGCUGCUGGAGGCAAAGUAUGUCAAGGUGGCAGAGGAAAAAGCUGAGAAGAAAUAAACGUGUGGGAAUAUCACGUUAUAUCCAGCACACAUACACAACUAUAUAGGAUUUGAAGCUAACCGAGACCACAUAUUGUACUAUAAUACUAAAGAUGCUGGAUUCAUUAACAGCUCAGAUUGGUUUGGAUGUUGUAUUUUAUAUACUGCCAGCAUUGUACCCUCUCAGACUAAAUGUAAAACGUGUUCUGAAUGUGUAUAAUAAAUGCAAAUAAUAGUAAUAAUAAAAGUUGUUCUAGAAGUAUGCAGAUCAACAAAUUGAAAUUCUGCUCUGAAAUGGAGUUGGAAACACACAGCAGCCUACACCACUGUCUGGUUUCCUGUGUGACUUCCGCUCAUAAUGUGUCACAAGUAAAAGAGCUGAUGCUCGGGUGAGAGCUGGCUACUCAUUGAUUUUA